AUCUGUCGGUUCGCUUUCUGCGCCUUUUCCUCUUCCGGGAGUGUUCCACCCAGUUCCACCGGUAGUGGCAGCAAAGUCCGGGAAAUUCUUACUGUUUUUUUUUUGGGUGGGAAUUCUUAGCCCACGUCACCCUCUCUUCUCUCUGUAGUGUUUUUAGUGUGUGUACUUAGUGUUUUUCACGAGCUAACUGUACAAAGCUUUGUCGUUGUUCUAAGAUAAGCGUCGUAUUUUUCUCCAAAACUUUCAACUCUGGUAGUGUCUAGUAGUCUUCUUCACCAACGGAAUAUCACUCUGUGAACGUGAAGAUCGAGGCCGCAAAUCUUAUUCCCUGUUGCUGUGCUGUGAGUCACCGUCUAUCCUUAGUGUAAUCUAGAAUUUCAGUGUGGUCCAUCAUCACCGUGGUGGAAAUCUGAUACAGUGGAAAAAAGCAUUAAUUGGAUAAAAAUAAAGUGAAGAGCGGUUCAAUGGUCGAUGAAGUGUGUUAAGUGUUUACAAAGUGCUAGAUUUUUAUGACCACUUUUGAGGCCGGUAACAUCGCAGUGUUGGAUUAGGAGCAACGUCCGAAGAAAAUCAUCGAGCGAGGAAAAUUUAAUUUCCCAAAGAGAAAGAAAAACAAACCGCAAUUUUUCCUCGAAUCCUCCGUCACCAUCUAAAGAAAGAGUAUUGUUGCAAUUGUUUUUCGUCCAAAACGAAAGUUUUCCCCUUUUCUGGGAAAAAAGUUUUCCCAGUGCUGUGAGUCGUUGUGAUAAAUAAAGCUUUUAAUUAGAGGAUUUACACAUCAUUUCUUCCACACGGGGGAGAAAAAACACCAACCGAGUAGCAAGAAGCAGAAAAUAAAGUUCAAUAACUGUAAUAUUUGGCGUGCAUUUGGUGUGAUUGUGGGUGAAUCGGUGCCCGAGGAGGGAAAAACAACAAAUUUCAAUUAAUUAAAGUGGCAAUCCUGGUCACGAAGAAACCGGAGAGCAGAGCCAACACAGUUUGGACGGUGAGAAAACUGUUCUGACGUCACUACAAUUGAUGACAAAUUAAUUGUGAAAAGCAGAUCUACAACUUCACCCGAGCGCAGAGGAAGUAAAGCCAACUAAUUGGAUUACACCAUCGAGCUCGAUUAGUGGAACGGGUCCUUUUUCCAGGUGAAAUGGGAUUUCCCCCCCUCCCCUCUUCUGUGGAUUAAGUUAACGAGCUUCAGCGGCUAAUUUUCUGCGGCCAGAAACGUGUGGCGAAUUCAAUUAAUUAACAAAGAGGAAAUGUUCAAGUGGUUGGAAAAAGUGGAAAAAGUGCAGUUUGUGUGACAACAGUGAGAAAAGUUGAAAACUUCAUUACCUACAAGGGAAGAUUAUGUGGUCGAAUGACGAAGUCGAUGAAAAUCAGCUGUGAGGAAGCAAGUUUUCAUCUCUGAACCGUUCCGGGCGAUCAAUCUCGAUGAUGGCGAGAAUCGAACGGAAUUGGCAAAUGAUGGACGCCGUGAUUGGGUUCUGGCUACUGCUGGUGGUCUGCGUAUUUCGCGCCCAUUCCCUGCACGCGCUGAUCCUACCGGAAGUGGAUCAUCCUCCCCACGAGCCUGCGACCAGCAACGGUCAUCACGAGGACAAGCCACCAAAUGCACCUCAGGAUCAUCCCGCGGCAGUCUCCAGCGGCGAAGAACCCCUGGUGGACCUGGCGAGCCAAAAGGCGGCAUCGGUGGCGCACAGUUUCCGCUGCCAGGACGGAUACUUCCGGUGCAACAGCACGGUGCAGUGCAUCGCCCAGCGGUUAAACUGCGACGGAAUCGUCCACUGUGACGACGGCUCGGACGAGCAGAAUUGUGAAAACGCAGUUGCCAACUCCUUUUGGGACCACUUUUUCCGAAAACGUCCAGCGGCCAUCAACGAUCAUCUACCUUUUGGCCCGUGUGCAUGGAACGAUACCAACAACUCGUGCCAGUGCCGGGCCACGGACGUCCUGUGCGACUACAAAGGGCUGACCGCGCUGCCAGCGUCGUGGCCAAUGCAGAAUGUGACGUUUUUGGACCUUACCGGCAAUAGGUUCCCGGAGCUGCAGAUGGAUGUCUUUGUGAAGCUUCCUGCACUGGAAACACUCGUCCUGAAGCACUGCCUGAUUGAGAAGAUUGAGGCUCCAACCGAAGACAUGACCGAAAUCAUUGCCAUCCAUCUCGACCAGAACCGAUUAAAAUCGCUGCCGGAUAUCUUCUUCCCGCUGGAGAACAGACUGAACACACUCAUCCUGAGCGGAAAUCAAAUAACCAAACUUGGCGCUCGCAACUUUGAGAACCUGGAAUACCUGGAGGAGCUUGAUCUAAAGGACAACCAGAUUGAAACGAUACACGAGGAGGUGUUUCAACCGCUGAAGAGCUUGGAAAUUUUAUAUCUGAACAAAAAUCGACUCACCACACUGGUUCACGGAAUGAUUCCGCGAAUUCCCACGCUGCGGACACUGUCGCUGGCCCAGAACCACAUCCGGACGAUUUCGCUCGACGCGCUGGAUCUGCCCGAGCUCGAGCAUCUGUAUCUGUCCGAGAAUAAGCUGCGACUUAUCUACAACAGUACCUUUAGUAAAUUGCCGAAUUUAUUAGGACUAUUUUUAAAUGACAACGAAAUAAGCUACUUCCAACUCGGUUCGUUUGCCGGAAUCAAUAAUAUAACUACCAUGAACCUGAAGGGAAAUAAAUUUGCCAGGAUUGACCGACGUGUGCUGGAAAAUCUCACCAGCUUGAAUCACAUACACUUUUCCGAGUUCCACCACUGCAAGGCGGCCCUCCACGUGCGCGUCUGCGAGCCACGUGGCGACGGCAUCAGCAGCAAGAGCCACCUGCUGGACAAUCCGGUGCUGAGGACCAGCGUGUGGAUAAUGGCCGCCGUCGGCGUCGUUGGCAACCUGCUGGUCCUAUUCGGCCGGUACCUGGUCGGAACGCGGAGCAGCCAGGCCCACGCGGAACACUCGCUGUACCUGCGCCAUCUGGCGGCGAGCGACCUGAUGAUGGGCAUCUACCUGACGAUCAUCGCCACGGCCGACAUCAUGUUCCGGGGAGAGUACCUGCACUGGGACGAGGAGUGGCGCUCGAGUGCGGUUUGCGCCUUCUGCGGCUUCCUGAGCACGCUGAGCUGUCAGUCGUCGACGCUGCUGCUGACGCUGGUCACGUGGGAUCGGUUGAUCUCGGUGACGCGCCCGCUGUACCAGCGAUCCAACAGCAAAACCCGGGUCAUCAUGCGGCUGGCGCUGCUGUGGGGAGUGGCCGCGGCCGCUGCAGCUGCCCCUUUGUCGGCCACGGACUAUUUUGGGUCGCAUUUUUACGGCUCGAAUGGCGUCUGUCUGUCGAUUCACAUCCACGAUCCGUACGCCAUGGGCUGGCAGUACUCGGCGGGGCUGUUUAUCCUGGUGAAUACGUUUUCGCUGGUGUUCAUCGGGACGUCCUACCUGCGGAUGUUGCAGGCCAUCCGGGUGUCGCGGAAUGAAGUUCGGAACACGCUCAACUGCCGUGAGAAGAUCGUCGCAAGGAGAUUCGCAAUCAUCGUUGCGACCGAUUGCCUCUGCUGGAUGCCGGUGAUUGUCGUCAAAUUGGUGGCCUUGGGAGGCGUCCGAAUCUCACCCUCGCUGUACGCGUGGCUAGCCGUAAUGGUCCUUCCGGUCAACUCGGCCCUCAAUCCCGUGCUGUACACGCUGACGACGGCACAGUUCAAGCAACAGCUGACGCGGUUCUUCUACUCGCUACCGUGUGGCGCCACGCUAGAUAUGAAUGGAUACGACUCGGCGAUUGACUCGAGAAACAGUCUCGCCCAAUUUACGUCCAGCAACGGAGGCAGCCGGCGGUUUCCCCAGAGAAGGGACCGCUUCUCGACCAACACCAAGGUGUACGAGUUCAAAUAGCGAACGUCGGCGGAGGUUGGCCGGCGGCACACGGUGUCGUCCCAUUCGCGGCACCGGCGCCCCAUCGGAGGCUUCGGCGUGGCCGCCAAUCCGGACGACCAUCGGAACCACCGUCACUGCUUUCUUCCCACGCAGAAUCUCACCCACCUACAGCAACAUCAUCAAACCCAACACCUUCUCGCCCAACCGCCGUCUCAGCUGCAGCUCCGCAAAGGGGGCCACUUCGGCCAGUCUCCACCGGAAUCGCCUUCGUCGCCGACCUCGAUGACCGUGCUGACCAGCUCGACGCUGACCAUGGUUGGGGGAGGAGGAGGUGACCAAGGAGGGGUGGCGGCCACUGCAGGAGGAGCGCUGGAGAUGGUCACCCUGAGAACGGUGGCCACGGGCAACGGCGAGUGCUCCUACCACCAGGUGCUGCUCAAGAAGGACAGUGUCCGUAGCUGUGAGCUGUGAAAAGGACCAAACCACCGUCGUUGUUGGAGAGUGAUGCUAAUUGAUUAGGACGAAUUAGGUGUCAGGACUGGGGGACAACGUGAUUGUGCCAGAUUGGGAGAUGUAUUUAUGUAACCUUCAAGAAGGACGUCACCGGUUACGGGCUGAGUGAUGUGCGGACAGCAGGAUUAAUUGACGUGGUAUACGAAGUGACAGGUUGACACCGGGUUCGUUCCGCAAACGGUGUGUGUGUGGGUGUGUGGACCAAUGGAGGAUGCUGUGCUUGCUGGAUUUGUUAAGCUCGUAAUGGAUUUACAAAGGACGAUUGAGUCUUGUGAUGGGAAUUGAAUUUGGUAGUCUAUUUAAAGUAUUGUUUAAUUGUAUUUUUUGUAAAUAUAUUGAUAAAUAGAAUGGAAUUCCACAUCAAAUGCAAUGUUUCGAUCCCCAACAUUUUACUUUGUGGUUCAAUAAAUUCCAAAAUUAUUGGACCAGUAUUUUUUGCUUGGUUUCAAUUUUUUUCAAUUUUCAUCCAAUUCAUGAUAAACACAACCGUUGCUAAUAUCAAUUGUGCUUUGGCAGGUAGUGAUGAAUAUAUGCUUUUUCAUGAAAUAAAACCAAUACUUCGUUAUAAGCUUACCAAAAUUGUAACAAUUUAUUUUCAUGAGGCUAGAUCUGAUUUCAGAUGCUUUAGAAAUUAAUAUCAUCGGAAAUAAAUUUUGGUAUCAAAUUUUGGGAUCAUCCGAUUAAUUCUAUAUAAACUUAACAAUAAAUUAAAUUGAACAAGAUUAUAUUGAGUUUCUUCAUUUCAUUUAUUAUUUUUCAGAGCGUUGAAAAAUAUAAGGUUCCAAAAAGUUAGAAAAUGUAUUCUUCGCUUGAAAUUUGGAAGAAACGGGAAAAAUUAUUAUACGGGAAAUCCCAGGAAUUCCGGGGAUUUUUUUUCCGGGACGAGAAAUUGGACAAACUACUCACAACUGUUAGUCCAAAUUAUGUUCAAAGUAACAUGCAAAUUCUAAUUCAAUGGCUAUUGGAGUAGCCGAUUAAGCUGUAUGUGCUGAAAAUGUAUUUCUAUGGAAAAGCAUGAUGCUUAUAGUUCAAGACAUAAACCUUGACUUAAAAAGGUUCUUAGAAGUGUAUUUUUGUAUUAUUUUUGCUUGAAAUAAGGAAAAAGAUGUUACGUCGAACAAUCAAGAUGAUGAUUUUUUAAGAUCCCUUUUACCGAUAUUUCGUACGCUAGAGAGGAGGGCUGUGUUAUCUUCCGAUUUUUUUUUUCUUGAUGAGCAUCCAAAGACCUUCUUUUGAUGUUGAUUCUUCCACUAUGAUUUUCAGAUAUAAAAUUGAUUUUUGCACCGUUUUCAAAUAAUAG